UACUGAGCUGAGUUACACUGCUGUCUGCUGGACUGGAGGAUCCAGACUGUAAACUACACACACUGGGGCUGUCUGGCUGUCUGGUCACAGAGGAGGGCUGUGCUGCUCUGUCAUCAGCUCUGAGAUCAAACCCCUCCCACCUGAAAGAGCUGGACCUGAGCUACAAUCACCCAGGAGACUCUGCAGGGGGACUGCUUUCAGCUGCUCUGCUGGAUCCCACAUAUAAACUGAUGAAGCUGAAAGUGGAUCAUGGUGGAGAGUGCAGGCUGAAAUCAGGGCUGAGGAAAUAUGCCUGUCAUCUCACCCUGGACCCAAAUACAGCAAACCCACACCUGAUACUGUCUGAGGGGAACAGGAAGGUGACAUGUGUGGUGGAGAAGCAGCAUUAUGAAGACCAUCCAGACAGAUUUGACUAUCUUUACCAAGUUCUCUGCAGAGAAGGCUUAUCUGGAGGUCGUUAUUACUGGGAGGUGGAGAGGGAUGGUAGCAUGGCUGACAUUGGUGUGGUGUACAAAGGAAUGGAGAGAAAGAGAUGGGAGGAUGCCAGUUGGAUUGGAGGCAAUAGGGAGUCCAGAUGUUUACUCUGCUCUCACAGUGGUUAUCGUUUUUACCAUGAUGGAGUCAACAGAAUCAUCCCUGGUCCUGUUUCUAACAGAGUUGGAGUGUAUCUGGACUGGCCAGCUGGUACUUUGACCUUCUAUAGUGUGUCCUCCUCUGGUACACUGACACACCUUUACACAGAACACACCACAUUCACUGAACCCCUCUAUCCUGGGUUUGGGAUUUCCUUCUUCUCAGUGACCUCAGUGACCCUGUGUCAGAUAGAUUACCAACACACUCAAAGAGACCAUGGUGGAGAGAGUUGUAUCAAGCCUGGACCUGAGACUCCCAGAGACCAUGGUGGAGAGAGUUGGACCAAGCCUGGACCUGAGGACACCAGAGACCAUGGUGGAGAGAGUUGGACCAAGCCUGGACCUGAGGACACCAGAGACCAUGGUGGAGAGAGUUGUAUCAAGCCUGGACCUGAGGACACCAGAGACCAUGGUGGAGAGAGUUGGACCAAGCCUGGACCUGAGGACACCAGAGACCAUGGUGGAGAGAGUUGGACCAAGCCUGGACCUGAGGACACCAGAGACCAUGUCUGGACCUGA